AAAAGAAAAAGGGUUUAGCCAAAUUUGAUUAAAACCGAGCCCAGUCAGAUUAGGCUAAGUCCGGACGAACCCAAACUAUAAAUUGGGUUAAAUCCGAACCAAAUUAAACCCAAUUGAGUUGGAUCUGAACCUAAUUAAGCUGAGUUAGUCUCAGCAGACCCAAAUUGAAUAUGAAUCAAGCCCAAUUCAAAACCAUUUUAACUAAAUUGAGACCGAAUUGACUUUGGGCUGACCCUGACUCAAGCCUAGAUGAGCCACAUUGACCCUGGACCAAAAUUAAACUUAAUUGGACUUGAAAUUGAGCCCAAUAACAUAAUCAGAAGACCAAAUUGACCCGAUAGGGCUAGACCCAAUCAGGAACCGAGCCCAAUUCUUUAAUUAAAGACCCAAUUGACCUACGUGAACCCAAUCUGGUUCUAAAUCGAGGCCAAGGGCUCUAAAUUAAAUAAAUUGGACUUGAGAUCCAAGCAAGUAAAUUCAUGUUAUGAUAAAUUAGAAAAUUAUAAAAUAAAUAGAGAAUAAUGCGACCCCUAUGUGAUUUAUUUAGGUGAUCAAGGAUUUGUCAUCCGGACGUAAGAAAUUGGAAAGCAUAUUGCAGUGAAAAUGAGGAACAGAGAGAAUGAAGUCUUGGCAAAUAUUGCAGCUCGGAGGAGAGGAGCAAGAGGGAGAGGAGUUGCCAGGCAGCCAGCCGAGCAAACUCCUAAUCCAGCUGUCACCCAGGCCGAUUUUGCAGGAGCAAGUCAGGUGAUGACUCAGCUCCUUCAGAUGCAACAGCAAAUGCAGCAACAGAUGCAGCAGCAGAUGGAACAGCAGAUACAGAUGCAACAGCAGAUGCAGAUGCAGAUGCAGCAGCAGGUGCAUGCCACUGUCCGACUUGCACAGUCCAUUGAGUCCUACUAUGAGCGAUUCCGUAGGCUCAACCCACCUAUGUUUGACGGUGGAGCUGACCCUCUGGUUGCUGAGACCUGGAUUCGGGAGGUAGAGAAGAUGUUCAAAGCCUUGCAAUAUCCCGAAGAAGUAAAGGUCAGAUUGGCUAUCCCUAUGCUGAAGGGGAAUGCAGAGUUCUGGUGGACGGCUAUUGAAGCUGCACUCGAGGGUGAGGACGAGCUACCGACAUGGGAGGAAUUCAAGAAGAUGUUUUAUGACCAGUAUUUUCCUGAGUCAGUCAGAAUAUUUAAAGAAAAUGAAUUUUAUCUCUGAGGCAGACAGAUGAUAUGACUGUGCUAGAAUAUGCCAACAAAUUUACUAAGCUGGGUCGGUUCUGCCCUCAGAUGAUAGAGAUUGAGAGAAGCAAGGCUAAUAGGUUUGAGCAAGGCUUGAGGGAUGAAAUUCGAUCCCGGUUGUCAGUUCUGAUUUUUACCAGCUACGGAGAGGCCCUGGAGAGAGCACUGAAGGUAGAAGCAGAUCUGAAUAAAUCAGGGAAGGAAAGAGGUGAGCAGAAAAGGGCCGAGACAUCAAGGAAUCUAAUGAACCGACCAAGAAACUUUGAAGGCCCUCCUAACAAGAAGAAGAAAUUUAAGGCUUGUUAUUACUGUGACAAAAUGCAUUCUGGUCCUUGCUUGAA